AUGCUGUCUUCGCAGCUGUCAACAACUGGAUAUGACGGUGGUUCGAGCAGUUACGACAUUUCAAGGCAGUUCCUGGGGAAGACGCCGAAGACUCGAAAAUUGCCGCCCGUCGGCUCGUCCAAAUUUCUGAACAGCAAGAGCAUCGAACGGAACGUGGUCGCAGCCGUCUGGGAAGGGCGCGGCACUGACAAGGGCCUGGUCGGCAUGGCGUGGGCCGAGGAAGAAGGCGUUGAAUGGACUUUUACAGAAUUUCGUGACUCUGGCGCGUACGCCAUUCUCAGCGCCAUGCUGCAGUUGUGCGAACCGGAAGAGAUUGUGAUAGCUGAAACGCAGGGCGACAGGGCAAACAAUUUGCUCUUUUCGGAGGUUAUAAAGCGUAUAACACCCACGGCCGAGAUCACUUCCGUGCAAAGAAGAUUCUUCAACCCCGAGCGUGGGCUGGCGAUCAUGAAGCUCCUUUCGAGCAAGGCUGAAAAUCUCAAGGAUGUUGUUGGCAAACAAUUUGCCUGCGCGGCAAUGGGCGCCUUGAUCAGAUUUGUCGAGUUUCGCAACGAAUUUGUCCUAUCCGCCCAGACGAUCCCUUUCAAGUUUUUUGACGUCACGCGCCAGUGCUUGAUGGAUCAUGCCUCCUGGAAAAACCUGGAAGUGAUCAACGAUUACUAUCCGCGAAAGGAGAGGCGCACCUUGUUGGCAGUGAUUGACAACACAAUCACGGCUCUCGGAUACCGGAUCUUGCGCGCCAACCUGCUACAACCAUCUACUGAUGUCGCAUUCAUCAACCUGAGGCUAGAUGCUAUUUCGGAGCUUAUCGAGAAUCCAAUGAAUCUCGACAGCGAGUCCCUGACGGCCAUGGAACGAGCACUAUCUACGACACUCGAUUCCGCGGUCCUCGAUUGCAAGCGCUCCUCGAUAUCCAUAAUUCAACAGAAGUUGUUUGCGAUUAAGACCGGCGUGCAAGCGCGAAUCGACGCUACGCGAGAGCUUUAUAUGCAACGAUUGACGCAAAUUGAGGAAUUAUCCAAUGAAGAGAUGGAGCAACAUCUACCCGGACAGAACUGCCGAUUGGCCGUGAAGUUGUUACGAUUGAAUGAUCGCUUGACUGUGACGGAGGACGAACUGCUGUCCACCACCGGGCUGAGGGUCCGAGAAUUGAUAGCCUACCUACGACCGCUCGUCGGGGCGCUCUAUUCGCUCAUCGACGACGUGUGCCUCUUGGACAUGCUGCAGUCGAUGGCCGUCUACGCGACGCAAACGCACGCUUGUAGACCCGAAUUCGGCCAAGAUGUGGUCAUUCUGAAAGGCCGCCACCCAAUUCUGGACCUGCACUACAGCGACACCGUCAUCCCCAACGAUAUGUAUAUGACACCGGACAAUCGCUUCGCCGUCAUCACGGGCCCGAAUAUGGCUGGUAAGUCGACCCUGCUGAAGAUGCUCUGCCAAUUCUCUCUCCUCGCCCAGCUCGGCUCCUAUGUCCCGGCCACGAUGUGCAAGCUGCCCGUUUUCAAAAGGAUUUUCACCCGCAUGGACCACAACGACAGCCUGAUGCAAAAUCUGUCGUCGUUCGGCCUGGAGAUGCGCGACGUGGCGACGAUUCUCGAGUUUACCGACAAGGACUGUUUGAUUGUGAUGGACGAGUUGGCAAGAUCAACGGCCACCGAGGAAGGCGUCGCUAUUUCGUAUGCGAUUUCGGAAGAAUUGAUCAAGAAAAAGUCCUACGUGAUGCUGGCCACGCAUUACCUUGACCUCGCUGCGCUUGACGUCGCUUCAUCAGCGGUUAUCAACAUGCACUUCAAAUCAACGGAAGACGAGAAAUAUGGCGGGGAAGAGGUGCGCCACCGCCUAUUCAAGGGACCUUACAAGGGCCCGCUAUACGGUUUUGACGUGAUCCAGCUGGCCAACUUCCCUCCGGAUCUUGUCGACGAAGCUGAAGACUUGGCCUAUCGCUUACGAGCGGAAACGGAACAGCGCAGGGUCCUGGAUCAGCAGACCUUGAAAUGGCGUGCGCUUACGAGAAUCGGGCACCGACUCAAAGUUGCGAUCUCGCUCCUCCGAGGCCACCCACUCAGCGCGCAGCUAGAAUAUUUGACGGCUCUCAGCGGCACGUUACGGGAUGACCUUGAAGAAACGAAUGCGGCAGGCGCGCAGGAUGAUGUGGAAAUACAGCAAGCGCUCGAGUUUGCAAAUGAACAAGAUACAGAGCUUGGCGCGGACGAGGUGGAGACGCUGCUGCGCGCAUUCGAGUACGCCCUGCUCGCCGAGGAAGUAGAAGAGGCCCCGCAAGUGCACGUUUCGCCGUCGGCUUCUCAACGUACACAUCAAGAAGAAGGAUCGGCUACCGAUGACACCGGCGCCUGUGGUGCCAACGAGCCACCAGAGCCUACUCCUACUUUCCCCAUGAUUAGCGUCUCUUCCGGCGAAGAUCUGUUCCUUUCAAUGGAACCUCAAGUCGGAAGCGCUGCACGAAAC